AUGUCAAUUAAUACCGUUCCCAAAAAUAUUAACAAUAAGGGAAACUUAAUUAUUGAUAAUGGGGACAGUGGUGAUAAAUCUACCAAGGUGACAACUUGCUCGUUAAUUAACGGCGGUAUUUUAAAGGAUACUUCUGGAUCUCUUUCCGUUAAUAAAACUUUUAUCAAUAGUGGUUAUAUUUGGUUAGGCUAUGUUAGUAGGUUUGACAGUUUGUUGACAUUUGAAGCUUCAAAGACUGGUAUCCAAAACAGUGAUACUAUUGAUGUUAGUGGUACUAAUGUUACCGUCAAUGUUCCAAACACAGGUGGUGGUUGUAUUUGUGGGGACAGCAUAAGUACUGAUUUGAGUAUUGACACUGAUUAUUCGCUUUAUCAAACGUUUUGGAUGGAGAGUUCAGGUAGCUGCCUCAUCUACCACGAAUACUAG